AUGAUACUUAUUCCCGAAGCCCUCAAAAGGAGUGUGAGUGGGUCAGUUUUCAGUUCAUGGGAGGGUGGAUUAAUGAAUGACUGCUUUAGCUCUAUCGACAGAGGAAAUAGGUUCCUAAAGAAAGGAAAGCCACCCCCGAUCGAGCUUUCUUAUGCUUAUGACUGGCAUUCUCGGGGACACCUACAAAAAGGAGUCUAUUGGGGGAGAUCCAGCCAGAAAGACUUAUUGGAUUGGUUAUUCGCCCUCGGAAACAAGAAGUUCUGGUCCGGGAGGGAUAAUAUCAACCACUUGACGCCCAUCCGACGCAUCCGUUAUGGUUAUCUCAUAUCCCCCUUUGUCUUUUCGUAUGAUUUUGCUUACUAUACCUGCUGCUGUAGCAUUAGAAACUGUAUUCUUACUCUUGCUGCCGUCGGGAUAAAUCUGACCCCUUCCCCUGUUCCCGCCUACGUAUAUAGGAUAUUUUGA